CAUUUGGUUUGAUGUGUUUCGAGUCAAGAUUCUUAAGAUGCUGUCUACAUGGUCUGAUGUUCACUUGGUCAAACGAGAGGAGAAAAUGUGGAUCGUGCUUCAUCUGCUGCUCCUGUUCCAAAGUGGAGCAUGUACAGGCGCUUACACCUUUUCCACUCAGACUCUCGGACCUGGACAAAAUGUCAGUCUGAUAUGCCCCCACGAGAAAACUCUGGAUGUUGAAUACUUAUUUUGGAUCCGACUGAUUUCUGGAAACACUCCUGAAAUUCUAGCCGCAAAGCCAUCUUUAGACGCAGGACCUGGUUCUGUUGAACCCGAGACAUUGAUCCAACGGCCGCGCUUCACGGCCAGAAAAGAAACAGGAACUUUUGUUCUGGAAAUGAGUGAUCUACAGAAAAGUGACAGGGCUUCCUACUUCUGCUUGAAAGUGAACAGAACUAACAUGACCUUUUUAAAUGCAACAUUUCUUCAUAUCACAGGAUUAGGACAAAAAAGUGGUUUUGCCACAAAGCUGGUCUACAAAGACUCGAUGAAACGUCCAGUCGUGUCCAGCAGAGAGACGAGGACUCUUUGGUUUAUGCCGUGCCGACCAUCGUCAGCAGGAAAGCCGGCAAAACGAGGCAGACAAAUACCAGGGCAGCACAGGAAUCCAGCACGUACGCCGACGUCCAUCUUUGUGACUCAGUUCUCACGAUGCAAAAUUAAAAAGUGAUCUGACACUGCAAAGGGACUCUGGAAAUUCUCGUAGGUUAAAUGUUGCACUAAGCUGCAUUCGCACGUGUGGUUCGGUGCUCUGGUCUGGAACCAACAAUCCCAAAAAAUAUCCUGCAGUUUUCUUGGAGUUCAGUUUUUGACAUUGUGGCUGUGCAGUGAAGUACAUAUGCAUAAAGUACAGAUUUGAACAAAAAUAUGGUUAAUUCUAUCUUUGUCCCCUGUGUUUACUUCCAACAUUACUGUGCAACAUGCAUGUGUAUAUAUAUAUAUAUAUAUAUAUAUAUAUAGAU